AUGAGAUUCAUUACUUUCGUGGCCGCCGCGGCUUUCUCUAGCGCUGUCUUCGCUUCUUCUGCCAAGCGCGACCCUCAGGACGACGUCGCCUCCAUCCUCGAGGCUCUCCGCGAGAACAACCCUGAGGAUGCCGAAGCAGCCGCGGCUGUCAUGAACGUCAAGCUCCGUGCUCGCGCCCCCGCGCCCCAAGACGACCUGGACUCGAUCCUGGCCGCCCUCGAGGCCAACAACCCCGACGACGCAGCCGCCGCUCGUCAGGGCACCAAGCCCGCCACUACGAAGCGUCAGUCCCAGGACGACCUCGAUUCCAUCCUGGCCGCCCUUGAGGCCAACAACCCCGAUGACGCUGCUGCAGCACGCCAGGGCGCCGGCAAGACCGCUCCUACCAAGCGCGAGCCCCAGGACGACGUUGCGUCCAUCUUGGCUGCGUUGGCGGAGAACAACCCUGAGGAUGCUGAGGCGGCCAAGGGCGCGAUCCAGAAGAGGCAAGAUGAUGUUGCGAGCAUCCUUGCCGAGCUGGCGAAGAACAACCCCGACGACGCGAAGGCGGCUCAGGGUCUGGCCAAGCGCUGGUUGGCUUAG